CAACCGCUAAAUUUUCGGGUCCUGCGGCGCCGAGGUCAGGAGGGUGUUUGUAGCUGUGUCUCCUCCAUAUCGUCCUACACCGGCUUCACUCGUUUAUUCUGCCUCCUUUCUAAUCUGACAAGUUUAUAGCAACAUAAUCGACAACAGUUAUUCUCGGCAUUAUGGCAAUUCCUCCAACAUACGCUGACCUGGGAAAAUCAGCAAAGGACAUCUUCAACAAGGGAUAUGGUUUUGGACUGGUUAAGCUUGACGUGAAGACAAAGUCUUCAAGUGGAGUGGAAUUUAAAACGUCUGGCUCGUCCAACGUAGACACCAGUAAGGUCACUGGCACCCUGGAAACUAAGUACAAAUGGGCUGAAUAUGGUCUGACAUUCACGGAGAAGUGGACCACAGAAAACACGCUUGGGACUGAAGUUUGUGUUGAGGAUCAAAUCACCAAAGGGCUGAAACUUACUUUUGACACUACGUUUUCACCAAACACUGGCAAGAAGAGUGGCAAGGUCAAAACGGCUUAUAAAAGGGAAUACCUUAAUGCCGGCGUUGAUGUAGAUUUAGAUUUCGCUGGUCCUACUAUCCACGGAGCAGCGGUGGGCGGAUACGAGGGAUGGCUGGCAGGCUACCAGAUGACCUUUGACACAGCCAAAUCCAGGAUGACCCAAAGCAACUUUGCAGUGGGUUACAAAACUGGCGACUUCCAGCUCCACACCAAUGUAAAUGACGGUUCUGAGUUUGGUGGCUCCAUUUAUCAGAAAGUAAACGACAAGCUGGAGACUGCUGUGAAUCUUGCCUGGACUGCAGGCAAUAACGGCACUCGCUUUGGAAUCGCUGCUAAAUACCAGUUAGACUCCAGUGCCUCCAUAUCCGCUAAGGUGAAUAAUGCCAGCUUGGUAGGAAUCGGGUACACCCAGACUUUGAGGCCUGGUAUGAAACUCAUCCUCUCGGCACUAGUGGAUGGGAAGAACAUCAAUGCCGGCGGUCACAAACUAGGUCUCGGCCUGGAGCUGGAGGCAUGAGGAGCCAUUUCAGAAGAAGAGGAAGAAUAUCGACAAGAAUCCGGCCCCGUGCGGUCGCAACGGAUAUUCUGAUGAUGAAGCCAAAACUAAGUAGAAUCCCACUUCACAGGCACUGAUAAGAUGGAAAUCUUUCCACCGAGCUCCUUUCAUUGUGGUUGCAAUAAGUAGUCCCAGUCACACGCCGUUAUUAAUCAGCUACUCCUUAACGCCAAUUUAUCCUCCAUCAUGAUAGAAAAAAACUUGAAACCUGGCUUCUUUACUUUGACAAUCCAGGAGUGGCUCCAAAGGCAAAACCUUGUUCUGUUGCUGAAGUGUGAUAAUGUAGAAUGUAUAUCCGAGCUCUUACUUUGCACAGUAGAAUACACCUUUAUUUAAGCUCUUCCUCCUUUGUUUUAUUUGCACAUUUAAUCUCUGUCUAGCCUGAAGCAAAUCUCUUGGCUGCUGCUCGCUUAUUUUCCAAAAGAGGCUUAAUUAUGCUGCGUGAUGAGUUUUAGACCCCUGCUACCUUGAUUACCUGCUUCUAAGUUGCAAGAAAAUGAGAUAAAGACCUCUCUUCUCAUUGGAGGACUGUGACACUAAUCGGGAAGCAGUUUGUGUGUUGGUGUGUGUCUACCUUUACAAUAAAGUCCUAAAAUCAA